AUGGAUUAUAUAUACAUUAAACAACAUCUCGACAAUGAUCCCAAAAUGUAACGAUUCAUUAGAAAUCGCAUUCUUUACUAAACAUCUGACACAUAUCAUUAUGCAAACUAUAAGAAAAGGAUGAAUCAAUCAUUUGAUUAAUCAAUACAUUAAACGACUUUGCAAAAAUUUAACGACCUCUCUUAUCUUGUAAUUGAUAAACUACGGCAAUCUCCAACCCGAAAGUCUUACUUUUCACGACCGACAUCAGCCACUCAAAGAUCACCUUACAUAUUUUCUAGUAAUUGUAACUUUUAUCAAUAAGCACUGCAAACCCAAGAGUCGUAAGCAGUCAGAAAUUACAAAAGAAAACUCAACAGCAGUAAGAGAUGUGCAUAAAAGCAAAAAAAAUACCCUAUUGAAUACACAUGUAGACAAUACAAAUUUAUAUUAUGA